ACAAAAAUAAAAAAUUGCUCGUGAUUUGAAGAAAACAAAAAUAAAACAAAGUUUGAUAUCAUUGCUCUCAAGAAAACAAAAACGAAAGACAGAAUUUUUAUUGUUUAUUGUGUUCUUAGCUGAGAGAGAGAGAGUAGAGAAUGGAGGUAGCAGAAUUGGAUGAAGCACUCAAAGUGUUGGACUCUUCUCUUUCUCUCAUCAAAUGGCGCCUCAAAUCUCAAUCUAAGCGCCGACUUGAAAUAGACAUACAGGCAUUAUGUACAGGAAUGAGGCCGGUUGUAAUGAUAGACUAUGGUGGAAAGAUGCCUGAACUGCAGGAACGACUAUGUGCACUUAUUAAACUUAUUCAAAAGCAGUCACCCAUUUUUGAGCAUCUGAAAGUAAUGGUUAUAGAAGAUAUGAUAUAUCUAAUUCAUGUGAAAGGGCUUUCUGAGUAUGUUAGGUCAAGCUUGAGCUUAGAAGCACCUCUGCUUUUUGUGGACCUUGAACAUGACCCUCCCAAGAUGAUAACACAAGCAGAAAAUAGCCCAGUAGGAAUGCAGCUUAUAUCAAUUCAGAAGUUUUUCUCUACUCUAUUUCCUCAAGAUGGAAUAAAAGAUGAUCUCUUGUCAUGUCACAGGACAGAAUCUAUGGGUGAUGCCACAUCUUCUACCCAUGAGCUUGUCACUUCUCAGUCUUCUGAAUUUAUUGAUCUUAGUAGCUGCAUGCAUGAUACACUGGUCACUGUGCCAACUUUAAAUGGAUGGCUUCUUGGUUAUCCAGUAGUGUACUUGUUCAGCACAGAGCACAUUGCCGAUGCUAUAUAUAAUCUUUCCACCAAGUCUCUUCGUAUCUUCAAAAUAUUAGUCUGCAGGAAUGCUGCCCACAGUAAAGGAUCUCAGCUGGAAGAACUGCUGAGUUUUUCGGUGCCUUAUGAUCUAAGCAUGGGUGGGAGCAAGGAACAAUGGGCAGAGGCAUUUCUGGCUCAUAUGCAGGAAAAGUGGGAAAGAUGUAGGCCAGCUUGGAGUUCUUUGCAGAUGGAGGUUAGUGAAUGCUAUCCACAAGCCAUUGUUUUGUAAUAAAAUACCCUACCCUGCACUCCUUCCAACAUCCCUAAAGUUCAAAUAAAGAAGGGAAUCCGAUUUAGAAUGUAAUUUAUGAAAUACUAAAUGACCAUGUAAAAAUCAAUCUUGCUUCAAGUAUUGAUUUUUUUGGUGGAGGGGCUAACAUGAUAUUAAGAAAUUUGAGUUUUAUAGCAUUUGAUUUGUCAA